AACAAUGUGACAUAUACUGGUGCCAUGAGUGGAGACGUAUACGUCUGGCAGGAGUCAAAUCUAUUACGUAUUGUGCAGAAAGCUCACACAGGACCUGUAUUUGCUAUGUUUACCACAUUACGAGAUGGUCUCAUCGUCACUGGAGGCAAAGAAAUGCCGUCGAAGGAUAAUGGUCCAGUGAAGCUGUGGGACCAGGAGAUGAAAAGGUGCAAGGCUUUCCCAUUCAAAGAAAGUGGGUCAACAGCAGACGUUGUCAAGUCUGUUUGCAGAGCCAAGGGCAAGAUUCUGGUGGGGACAAAGGAGAACAGUAUUCUAGAAAUAUCAGAGAAGACAGGGACAGUCCAAGUUAUUGUGGCUGGACAUGGGGAGGGGGAGGUAUGGGGUCUGGACCAGCACCCAACCACGUCCAGAUGUAUCACUGCUAGCUAUGAUGGGACAGUGCGGCUAUGGGACAUUCCAUCAAAG